CCAGAAGCCUUCAUACGACGGUGCUUCAACGCAACUCGCUCCUAGGAUCAUGAACUCACUGGUGGUUGCAGUGGUUGUAAUGUGUGGCCUCAUGACCACAGUUCAUUGCGGCGGCUUCGCUGGGGGACACAGCGUUAUUGUUGUCAAGGGAAUUCAGACAGGAGGUGGUGGCGGCGCAGGAUUUGGCCAUGGAAGCGCAGCGUCAGCCACUACCGCGGGAUCUUCGCAGCCGCAGGUUGUUCAAGGACCCACUUAUGUCGUCAAGACGCUGCACCAGGUCAAGAAGGUUUCUCACGGAGGAGCUGUCAUCGGAGGUGGUUCGACUGGAGGUUAUUCUGGCGGAUACGGUGGCGGCUUCGGACAUGGCGGUGGAUACUCCCACGGCUUCGGUGGCGGCUUCGGUGGCGGCUUCUCUGGCAGCUACGGUAGCUUCGGAAAGAGCUAUGGUGGUCUUGGUCACGGCGGAUGGUGGUAAUUUCCAGUCAACCGUGCUACGUAUAAGCAAAUACGACAUCAUCGUCUAGACAACAGCAUCAUAGCGACAGUUAUCGACUGGAAAUAUGUAUUAUGCAAACGAUGUAAAUAAACGUCUACACACCAUGUA